AUGCUGCUUAUCAUCGGCUCAAUACGCAUCGAAAUGCUAUAUUUUCUUUUGAAAACGUAUGAUUUCUGGUAUUUUACCGUGAAUAAUGUUGCGUUUGGGAUAUGUUUCUCUGUAUUGCUUAGUGACAGUCGUAUCGUAGCGAUCUUGGUUGGUUGUGUGAUCGUACAAAUCAGCAUUAGUGCUGAUGCACUUGUAAGCGAUAGCCGUCAGCUUUUCUUAUCCAGUGUCACUAAUUGUGGAACACAUUUUGCAAUGUUCUUGAUUGUGUUCUUACGACGAGUGGAUGAUGAUGGAAAUGUAGACGCUUUCUUCGUUUCGUAUUCAAACAAACUCACUGGAGUUUCAAUUCGUGAUAUUCUUAUGAAUGCACAGUUCAAUAUGACUUUAUUGUUUGGACGACUUGUUUACAAUAAUUGGAUUGCAAUGCGAGAACAACUCUCGGCAAUAGAAAGCUGUGCCAAAUCUCAGACUAACGCUCUUCCAAGCCGUCGACGCUGUGUUAGCUAUUACUGCACGGUUGGACUGCAAACGAAAUGUAACUCAAAUAGCGUUCAACAAGGAUGGACAGGCUCUGAUCAUCAAAAUAUCGAAAUGAAUUCUCGGGUGGGAAGUGUAGUUGGCGUUGAGUCAUACGAAAACAUGUCAAGUGCCAUCCCAGGACUUCCAUCUGAGCCAUUAAACGGCAAAUCUAGGAAGUUAACAAUGCCAAAAGGAAGAUUUUCCCUCACACAGAAUUGUAUUGGUAUGCAAAUUCAGCUCCACUUUGUACCAGUUGCGGCAGAUUUUGAUGCUCAUGAAACGCUGAUGCCAGGAUUUGGUAGCUUUCUUGAUCGAAAUUUUGGAUCGCUCCCAUUAAAUACAAGACAACGCAUGUUGUUACACAUCUUUCAUAUCUUGGGCUACUUUGGUAUAUGUACAUUGGUGUUGGGAGCUCUAUCUGCGUGGAUAUUAGACGAUCAAGACCUUGAUCAGAUCCAUCCAGGUCUUGCACAGACUCAAUUGAUUGCGUUCUUUGUAUCGGUUUUCUUUUGUUCGGUCUUUUUUGCAGCUUACCAGCGACAACUUCUCCGGAAAUUGUUUUCGUCUUUUAAUUCCCUCUUUCUCUCUGCUAAACUGACGACUGUAUCGCUAAUGCUUUGUCAGUUCCUGAAAUGGGAUCGGAGAGUGUUGUGGGUCUGGAGUGCAUGGCUAUGGAUGCAGUGGGCGAUUACGCUUGAUGCUUUACCUCCAAGUUCCAUGCGUCUUUUGGCUUUUCAACGUUCUUUUCUUGUGUUGUAUGUGCUCAGUUUUGAACUCUUUGGUCUGUGUUGCUUGGUUUUGGAACUUGUUGCUAUAAACCGUUGGAUCGUGCCCAACAUUGCCUUAGUAAAUUAUGAAAUCUUUGGACGUCACUUACAUUUGAGUGCACUUUCGACGUUAGUUUCUCGACUAUUGACAAUAUUUAUUUGGGAAUGCAGGUUAUUGUGGUUUAUUUCUUUAGCACUUUAUCGUCAUCGUCAGCGUCAUCGUCGCGUGGUCUCUGCUGACUCAAUUCAAGGUCGUGGCGAUGAACGUCUGCUCUUGACUGGGCGAGUCGAGUAUUUUUACGAGCUCGAAACACGCACUUGUACACUUGCCGCGAAAUCAAAGUGGAGUAGAAGCUUUCACAGUCUUCGUAUCCCUCGAGCGAUCCAGCGGCGGCGUGCAAAAGACCAUUUGCAUGCAGAAGGUGUGUGA